AUGCCAGUAUAUGGUCCGGACGGUCGAACACUACAGAAAGGUGCAACCGUAACAAAUUCAUCACCACGGAAUAGCACUAUCAAUGACAUUGGUCAAUUUGAUAAGCGCUGUGGGCGAAGUUGUGAUUUCUUGGUAAAGUCUAAUACCGAUGAAAUGCGUUUAUUUAACAAUCCUAUUGCUCAGGUUAGCUCGGAUAUUUUACGUAUUAGCGGAUAUACAAAUCAAUUCAAAUCGUUGUUGAAAUCGAGGUCAGCAUUACACCGCGAAUCCGGUCCCGGAACAGUUUUACAGGAACUGGAAGAUAAAGAUGAAUAUUCAAACGGUGGUCUACGUUUUGAUACAACCGUUGAAAAGCAAGAUUCAAAACGAAAAGGAAGUGCGGCAGUGCGGGUGAUAAAGAGACGACAGAGCGGCUAUGGAAUUGCCAUUAGCAG